AUGACGAAGCCCUCGAUUAACAGUAGUGAUCCCGAAGUGGGUCACCAUGAAGCUCUUGAAGCUAUCCGAUCAGCACCCAGUAUCUCCAUGAGCCCCGAGCUCUUUGAGAAGCUCUAUCUUACGCCCCCGAAUGCUGUCAAGGGAGAUCUGACGAGCACGUUUGGUAACCCGACGCCGCUAGCGCUCGCGGGAUUCUUGCUGGCUUUGAUGCCUCUGUCCUGUGACUUGAUGGGUUGGCGCGGUGCUAGCCACUUUGGCGCAGCUUCCAUCCCUGUCUACUUCUUUGAGGGCGGUGUCCUCAUGGUCAUCAGCGGGAUCAUGGAGUGGAUUCUUGGCAACAGCUUUCCUUCUUGUGUCUUUACAAGCUUUGGCUUUUUCUAUCUCUCAUUCGGUGGAAUCCUUCAUCCAUCCUUCGCUGCAUAUUCUUCAUAUGCACCUGCUGACGCAAAAUCACCUGAUGAGGGAAUGGCUACCAAGGGCUUUAAUGCCAGCUUAGGCUUCUUCCUACUGGCUAUGACAAUACUGUCGAUCGUAUAUCUCAUCUGCGCCUUACGUACGAAUGUCGUCUUCGUUGUAAUCUUUGCUACUCUUGUGCCAGCUCUCCUGUGCCUCCUUGGAGCAUUCUGGGCUUGGGCGGAUGACUAUACUGGGAACACAUUGCUGGCUCAACGGCUAUGCGUGGGUGCCGGCGCACUACUCUUUGUGACAUCGUUUGCCGGAUGGUAUAUCCUGCUCGCUAUCUUACUUGCCAUUGUCGACUUCCCGAUUCAGAUUCCGGUCGGUGAUCUAUCUUCUGUCAUCAAAGGGAAGAGUGAGAGGGAAAUGCGUUUGGGGAAAUAA